AUGAUUUCAUGUAAACCAAGUUCCACUCCGGUUGACACAAAACCGAAGGUUAGUGCCACCACCGGUGUUCCAUAUGCUGAUCCGACCCAAUAUCGCAGUCUUGCAGGUGCCCUGCAAUAUCUCACAUUUACACGGCCAGAUAUCUCUUAUGCAGUUCAGCAGAUUUGCUUACACAUGCAUGACCCUCGCGAUGAACAUAUGAGUGCUUUGAAACGUAUCAUCCACUACCUUCAAGGUACUCUUCAUCUUAGUUUACAUCUUUCUCCUUCCCCGAUCACAGACUUGGUUUCAUAUACUGAUGCUGAUUGGGACGGUUGUCCUGAUACUCGCCGGUCCACCUCCGGUUACUGUGUUUUCUUGGGGGACAACUUGAUUUCAUGGUCGUCCAAACGAUAA